GCUAACUUUAAAGAGCUACUUUUAUUCUACACCGAAUAACUCAACAUUUAAUUUCGCGUGCUUGUGUUCAAGUGUAGGCUGUCCUUCAUGUGUAGCCCAAACAAACAAGUAAACAAACAUGUCAUUACGGUAAUUGUUGUAAUUUACUUGCAUUAUCUCGCAAGUAGACGUCAGUGUAACUGACCAAUUUGAUAUCCCUAGCUAGGCGACAUUGACGCUGCAGCAACCAAAAUUGGAUGAAAACUGAAAAAGUGAAUCAUUUUAUAGACUUAGUUAGCCUACUAACUAGCGUACACAUGUUCUUUGCCUCAGCGUAAUUUGAAAAAGCAAUAGUUUCUACAUUUGAUCGUGUAUAAAGUUGCGGUGCAAGUAGGCUAUAAGAUGUAACAUUGUUUGUACGUGAACGAGCCUCAUUGUCGCUUCACUGAAGUAUCUUUCGUUUGUAAAUGAGUAUGAAGACGAGGAUACCGAAUGCUUUGGGAUUUUAAGAGAACCCUGACAUGUCUGGUCCUACCUGGCCGCCUCCAAAGACUCUGGGUAGCCCAGUGAGACCGGUCCCUCGAAUGUCCCAAUCUGGACCAGCCGUGUACAGACAGCUGCCCAUGAAGGUCUCCUCGGACACCCGGCCCAAGUAUGUGGUCCAUGACCAGAACAGAGGAGGCGGCGGAAUGGCCACUAGGUACUUGGCUACAAGAUCCACAGCUGGGCCCAUGCAGCACCACCACCAAGAGGACCCAGGGUUUCACCCUAAAUCUAAUGACCACUACUACCAACCACCUCCCCACCAGCUCAAAGAAGACCAAUCCUUGAACCCUCACGUGGACCGCUACCAGCUGAUGCACCCGGGACCUCCUAAGAAGCUGAUUGGACACCACUCCAACAUCGAUGCAGAGAUUGACUCGCUCACCUGCAUGCUGGCCGAUCUGGACAGCCAUCCACAAAACAGCGCACAGCUGUACGACAACGUGCCUUACGACAAACACAUCUCAGGGGACUGCUACAAACCCUCAGCCCAGCCAGGAGAACCCUCUCAGGGCAGGCAGUUCAUGGGAUUCUCCCCUCACCCCCAAUCCCAGUCCCAGUACCCUCCUGCACCCCCAUACCCCAGUGAUCCCCACCAGGGUCUCCAGUACUUCCCUCAGCCAGACUACACCGACGCCCAGGUAUCCAAACGCUACCCCCAGCCUGUCCCUGCCCCCUACACUACCGCCUCCACUCCUACUGGCCCGAGGUUCAGUGUCCAGGUCAAAACAGCUCAGCCUGUCACCAACUCCCAGACUGGUAGGCAAGCUGAACAGGCUUACACCCCUCCCCCACACCGCCAGCACGCGUUGUGGCCCCCAUCCCAGAAUCAGACUGGCCCCCUGGGCUGGUACCCUCCACAACCCGAUUCCCAAGCCCAGGAGCUGCAUUCUGAGAAGGGUUACAAGGGGAGUGAUGCAGGGUCUGGAGGGAGAACUACCCAGUGCCCCAUGUCCAAUAGAGGCCCAGAGACUCAUCGAUCAGGGUCAAGCUCGGCACCAAGCUCCGCCUAUCAGCCCAGUAAGCAGGGGACAGCAGCUCUGAGGCCAGAGGAGGAGUUGGACCAGCUCACUAAGGAGUUGGUGUAUGACAUGAAUCAUCCCCCUACAGAAGAAUACUUUGGUCGCUGUGCACGUUGCGGUGACAACGUCCUUGGCGACGGCAGUGGCUGUAUUGCCAUGGAGCAGGUGUUCCACGUGGAGUGUUUCACUUGCAUCACCUGCCACACUCGUCUCCGGGGGCAACCGUUCUACGCCCUGGACAAGCAGAGCUACUGCGAGAGCUGUUAUAUUAGUACCCUAGAGCGCUGCUCCAAGUGCUCCAAACCCAUCCUGGACCGUAUCCUACGGGCCAUGGGCAAGACCUACCACCCGCGCUGCUUCAACUGUGUUGUGUGUGGCUGCUGCCUGGAUGGUGUACCCUUCACCGUGGACGCCACCUACCAGAUCCACUGUAUAGACGACUUCCACAGGAAGUUUGCCCCACGCUGCUCAGUGUGUGGCCAGGCCAUCAUGCCCGAGCCUGGCCAAGAGGAGACGGUCAGGAUAGUGGCGCUGGACCGCAGCUUCCACGUCAACUGCUAUGUGUGUGAGGAGUGUGGUCUGCUCCUGUCGUCUGAGGGUGAGGGGCGAGGCUGUUACCCCCUGGACGGUCACAUCCUGUGUAAGGGCUGCAGCGCCCGGCGCAUCCAGGACCUCUCUGCUAAAAUAUCCACUGACUGCUAACCAACUAUGGAAAAUCACAUCUUACCUUUUAACCUAUGACCCCCUCAACCCUUUCAUUACUUUCACCUGCUUUACGUAGAAGUUGCCGUAAGGACCAGAUCUGGAAUCAGUUCUACCCUUUGACUCAUCUUAACCACAAGGGGGAAAUGUUAACCUGACUUGACAUCAGUGUCGAAGGGCAUCUUCAUCCCCCUUCACUUUUAUCCUCUCAUAGCCUUUCUUUAUACUUCAGAUGCCCAAAGCUGUGUAAUCAGUAGUAGUUGGCCUACUAUUGAACCUCAAUCUGACAGUCUUCAAUGUGAAGUCAUUAUUUAAUUUCCCUUGACCAGGUUUUUUUGUACAGGUUCAAGACAGGGUAUUGAAACAUGGAUUGACAAUAAGUUCGACCCCUAUCCCCUUCCGUAUCCUCUGCUUUACACUAUCACCUAUCCUCUACAUUCUCUACCCAUACUCCCUUUCCACCACACCCUAUCCCCUACCCCUCAGUCCCAUAGCAGUACUGUAUAGAGCCCCUGACCUGCAGGCAGCAGGGGCUGCACUACCCCAAACCCUUGACUCCACCAUUGCUCAUCUCACACACUAUCCUGCAUGUUGCACACUAUAGCUGUGCUUGAAUACUCAUACUAACCAUACUAUUUCUGACGUGAAUUGUCUAUAUACUAUGCUUAUUGGUCAUAGUAUGGAUAUAGUUAGUAUGCCAUACGUUCCUGUAUGUCUUACUAAAUGGUAUCUGGCACCAAAAUAAGAAGUAAUCCAGUAACCGAAAGGUUGCUGGAUUGAAUCCCCGAGCUGACAAUGUAAAAAUCUGUCUUUCUGCCCCUGAAC